AUGGUGAAUUGGGACUUGUUCCGGACGAUGAAGCCUCCAUUAAGUCAGAAGGAGUGGGAAGAGGAAUUUGAACGUUAUAAAAUGUUUCCUGAAUAUAAGUUCAAGGCUUCAAAUGAAGAGAUGACUAUGUCACAAUUCAAAUUCAUUUGGCAUAUGGAAUACGGUCAUCGCAUGUGGGGGCGUGCUAUUGGAAUUGUGUUUUUCUUGCCUUGUGCAUACUUCUGGGCUCGUGGAUACUUCCCUACAACAAUGAAGAGGCGGAUGGCAAUUGCGGCGGCACUCAUUCUUGCACAGUUGACAAAUCUACCUAAAUUGGGCAUGUUACGAGGUCUAUCACAUAGUGCCAAGGCACUCGUUUUCUUCACGGCGUUCAUGGGGGCAUUCGUAGCCGGAUUGGAUGCUGGUCUGGUUUAUAACUCAUGGCCUAAAUUCGCGGAGAGCUGGAUCCCAGAAAACAUGCUCACGCGUUCGCCGUUAUGGAAGAACUUUUUCGAGAAUGACGUCACCACACAAUUUAUCCAUAGAAAU